CGUGUGCUUAAUAACCUUCGAAACACUGUUCACACUUAACACCUUACGUUGAAAAAUAUUGUCGCGAGUGAGUUAUCAGGUUGGUGUCAAGUUGCGCAGUGGAAAAGAGAAUCUGAAAUGAGAAUGGGGCCUCGUUCUCAUGGUCCUGGUUCUUAAGCAGCAGUCCCCGUACCUGGGGCCCCUUUCGGGGAGGCCCCUUCGAGCUGCAGGUGUAAGAAACCGCUUUCAUUCGGUUUCGCGCUCGCGUCACUCUCUCACCUCUUUAUCCUCGGAGGAGGCAGAAACGAGAGCUGAGAAUCGGCAAAUUUUGCGUCGCAUUUUUUCGAUCAAAUUUUCCGACAGUACGAACAAUUAUUGACUGUGAAAAUAGAUGAAAGUGGACAUGGAUUUUCGUUGGGAUUCGACACUAAAAAACGUGGGAAAUCCUUUUUUUACGUCGUCGAAGUGAACUUGUGAAUUUCUGGUUUUUGUCUCUACGAAUUUUUCAAUCUCGCGAUCAUGGUGUUCUUCGGGAGAAAAGAUAGAGCCGAAGACCAACGACUUUUGGCGAGCACCGACGCCGUCAAUGGUGCCAAAAUUCAUCAAGUUGAAAAUGCGGCCUUCAUGCACGUGAGGGACAACAUCGAGGAGCUUGGCAAAGUGGCUGCGGACGACACGGACCUACUUUUCCUUAAGGGGUUGCUCGACAGUCCAGUGGUCAAUUCCCUCGUAAAACUUCAAGAACGAUUGGAAACUCCGCCGGAAGUGAUCGAACCGUACUGUCUCGCGGUCUGUGACACGGUCGACGAGAUUUCUCACGAAUUUGAAUUUUCGAGAAACCGUGACGAGCGAGAAUUGGCAGUGCUGUUAAGGAGUUUCCACUUGAAAGCACUGCUGGAGACUCACGACGCAGUUGCGGAGCAUCGAACACUGCCACCGAGCCAAAGAAACACUGUUGAAAGCACGAUGCCUAGUGACGAGAGACAGGAAGCUGUGAGAAUGGUUGGACUCAGGAGAGACUCCGAUGAGCCACUUGGGCUUACGGUUCAAGUGGACGAUACGGGAAAUCUCAUAAUAGCCCGAAUCCUUCGUGGCAGUACAGCAGCUCGCCAGGGUCUUCUCAGAUCUGGUGAGGUAAUAAUGGAAGUUAAUGGAAAAUCUGUUCACACACCUGACGAGCUUCAGCAAGCCAUACAAGAUGCUAAAGAAAAUCUCACGCUGAAAGUAGCUCCGGGUAUAUCGAGCGACAGCACCAGGCAACCAAAGUCAUUGUGUCACAUGCGAGCAAUUUUCGAUUACGACCCUUCGGAGGACACUUUGCUUCCGUGUCGCGAGAUCGGUCUGCCUUUCCAAAAGGGAGAUGUUUUGGAAAUCGUGGACCGAGCGGAUCCUAAUUGGUGGCAAGCGCGAAGGGUCGAGGGUGACGAAGUUGGUCCCCCAGGUCUUGUGCCUUCGUUGGAGCUCGAGGAACGUAGAAAAGCUUUCGUCCCGCCUGAGGCCGAUUUUGUUCAUAAAAUAAGCAUAUGUGGCACGAGAAUAUCAAAAAAGAAAAAACGAAAGAUGUACGAGUCCAAAUCGAAUGGGGAAUUCGACAGUGCCGAACUUUUGUUGUACGAGGAAGUCGCCAAAAUGCCACCAUUUAGACGCAAAACCCUCGCUCUCGUUGGACCACGCGGAGUCGGGAGAAGAACUCUCAAAAAUCGUCUCAUCAAUAGCGAUCCAGAAAAAUUUGGAACCAUCGUUCCAUUUACUUCUCGGCCACCACGAGUUCUCGAGGAAGAUGGCAAAAGCUAUUGGUUCACGGAUCGAGAAUCGAUGGAAACGGACAUCAGGGAGCAUCGUUAUCUGGAGCACGGUGAACACGGUGGUCAUCUUUAUGGGACGAGACUCGAUUCUGUGAGAGAACUCAUAAGGUCUGGAAAAAUGUGCGUUCUCGACUGCAGUCCGGCAGCUUUGAAAACUCUCCACAACAGUACCGAAUUUAUGCCUUAUGUCAUUUUCAUCGCCGCACCUGGAAUGGAACAAUUGAAAACACUUUACGAUCUUGGAAGGACCACGGGAGCGAGCAGUCGAAAUUUAACGUUCGACCGUCAGAGUUCCAUCAGGUACAGUUCGAGAAGGGCGAGGACCCUUGAGUCCCUGGCGUCAUUGUACGAGGAAGAUGACUUGAAAUCAACGCUCGAAGAAUCCGCAGCAUUGCAGCGAGCGUAUGAAAAAUACAUCGAUUUAGUGAUCGUUAAUGAAGAUUUUGACAAUACAUUUAGGCAAGUUGUUGCCGCACUCGAUGCCCUGGCGAUCGAGGAUCAGUGGGUUCCCGUUAAUUGGAUAUAUUCACUGUAAAAAAUUCCAUAUUAUUAAAAUUAUCACACACAUAUGGAAAGUUCACGUACACAGGAAUUCAGACAGGCUAAAGAAAAUUAAGAGUCGUAGAAUUUUGAAAAUUCGACUACUGUUCAGUAUCAAAAUACUUGCGUGCUUAAAAAAUUACACAUGUUUGAAAUAUUUUAAUAUAAAAAUUCGUUUUUUUUACUGAUUUUCUUGUUCAUCGCCUUUAUUUUUUCACUCAAUCACUAAAUUAUCAUAUUUUGAGAUUGGCUCGACAGUUUUCAUUGCCAUAAGAAGAAAAUAUAAAAAAAAACGUCACCGAUAUUCAGAACUGUGAUUCAAGGACGUCUUUGAACAAAAGUUUUUUUUCUUUCUACUCGUAUUUGUAAUUCCUGUUUCGUAAACGCUUGAAAAUUUAUCAACACUCGCAUAUUAAUUCUAAUAUGAAAAUUUCGAUAAUAAAUACUUCGACAAAUUAAUUUUAAUGCAUGGAUUCGUUUCUUUAGUAAUUUGUGAGAGAAAUUGCAUUAAGCGAAGUUCACUAAAUCGAGGUCACAGUCAAUAUACAUUUCUGUCCAUCUUGAUUUUUCAAUGAAUUAUCCAAAAAAAUGAUUCAUAUCAGUCAUUCGAAUUUUCAGGAAUGUUUGAGUGGUAGGAAAAGGAAUGCAAUGAAUUCAAUUUCAAUCCAACGGUAUGUGAAUUUCAUUUGUCGUUGUAUGAAAAAGUAUUGUAAACCGCCAGAUUAGAAAGACCAGAUAAAAAUUUCAAAACAACACGGAGGAAAAAAUCUCGUCGUCGAUUGUUUUAAGAUUGUGUUCAACGAAUCAAUACAAUUGAUUUGAUUUCAUUAUUUGUUAAGUUCCAGACUCGGGAUGUUCUCCUGAAAAUUGUUAUUUUUUUUUUUUAAUUUCUAGUUCCAUUAUUUUUCGAGCUCGAUAAAAUGGAGUUUGAAUAAAAUUUGUAAUGUAUCUACGUUUGAAAGAAACGAAAAAAUAGUACAACGUGCGAACCACUUAAUAUUAUUGCAGGAAAUGUUUAUUUUAGAAUGUUGCUAAGUAUUUUAUUAAAACGACAUUGAGGUAAUACUUGCGAGAAAAUAUGACGAAAGAUUUUAGACCGUAAGCGAGCGCCAAGCAUUUUUACCGCCGUCCAUUUAUUUUUUAAGCAAUGCGCGAGUGCGUUACAAUAAAUAAGCGAAUAAGUGAAAGGAAUUUCGAACGGAAAAGUAAAUAUAUUUAUAAGAGGCAUCUUUCAAGCCUACGAUUUUUAUAAUGUAUAAAUAUGAACAUUGAAAUAAGAAAAAAAAUAUCGCAUUACGAGUUCAGAUAGAGAAGAUAAAAAGGAAUUCAAUUCCCCAAUAUUUUCCACGUUAUUCUUACACAGAGUGUAUAACAAAAAUAUAUAAUUCUAAUGGAAAUAUGAACGCUGAAAUAAUACCACAGGAACAUCAGAAAAUGAGUUUCUAACAAAUGUCUCAAAACACGUGAGCGCGGAACGAUUAAUGAAUCAAAGAAUAAAUUAUCGAUGUAAAAAUAAAUAAAAGUUUAUUGAAUAUUUGUUAAAA